AUGUAUAUGGCGUUUGAGUGCAGCUCCCCUCUUUUUGACUCUGUUGAGCUCAGCAGCAUUGAAAGUACUCAUGCCAUGGAGUAUGGUAUCGUAGAAUCAAGUACAUCUCCAACUGUUAGCCUGGAUCUAGAUUUUUUCAGCACGGACGACACUGACUUAGAGUCUGAGGGUAACACCACUUUCAACGAGGAUAACGAGACCGAGAGUGACUCUUCUACUGCACCUGAAGUGUCAGAAUUAAGAGAAUCAUUUUUGACCACCAGUUACCAAGAUAGCUUUGAUUCUAGUACGCUUGUCGAUGUUGGUUAUGAUAUACCUGGUACUACUGGAGGUGGACAAGCUCUAAGUACUAGCAAGGAACCUCUCUAUGAAGGAGCUACAAUAACUACCAUGGAAAGCAAUCUCGCAUUGUUUCAAUAUGCUAUACGUCAUGGACUCUCAGGAAAGGCAUUCAAUGAACUCUUACUGCUUUUUGCAGCACACUUACCGGAAAAAAACAGACUCAGUUUGUCUGUGUACCGGCUGAAGAAGUGCUUUGCUGAACAUUUUUCCAGUGUUAAAGCAACGUCCAACUAUUACUGUAGCGUGUGCCUGGAUUUUUUGGAGAAUGGAUCUGAGCCAUGCGAGCAUGACCGGUGUAUUACAGCAGGCAGUUGUAUUAAAGAGUUUGUGAGCAUACCCCUAGCUUCACAAGUGCGAAAAGUAAUGGAAGAUCCUAUUUUGUGGAGCGCUCUUAAGGAGCAGAAAACACUACUUGAACACACAAGUAGCGAUAAGAUCCGUGACGUACAUGAUGGCCACGAGUACAAAAGGCAUUCCAAAUUUUUAUCGGAGCCUAAUCACAUUUCAUUUGUAUUAAACACUGAUGGAGUAAGCCUCUACAAGUCCAGUAACGUCUCUAUAUGGCCUGUGUGGUUGGUUAUCAAUGAACUUCCCAAGAACCUAAGAUACAGUAAGAGAAAUAUGAUUCUGCACUCUAUUUGGUAUUCUGCCGAGAAUCCCACCAUGACCACCCUACUCAAGCCUCUUGUUAAUGAUGUCAAUCAACUGUGCCUUCAAGGUUGGUGUUCACCCUUCUGUAAUGUCUUGUCCUGA